AUGAAAAGGAGAAAAUCUGAAGGCCUGAGUAUUUUUCUCAUCAUCGCUCUUUCAUCCUUUUUUCUGGCAGGUUGUCCAGAAGAGUGCAUGUGCCCUGAAGAACGUCCAUCUUGUCCCCCUGGGGUGAGCUUGGUGCCGGACGGUUGUGGCUGCUGCAAAGUUUGUGCCGCCCAGCUGAACCAGGACUGCCACGAAGGCCAUCCGUGCGAUCACCACAAGGGCUUGGAGUGUAACUACGGAAAUGAUAUUGGCAGCACCCACGGCAUUUGUAGGGCAAAACUUGAAGGCCGGUCUUGUGAGUACAACGGCCGGAUGUACCAAAAUGGCGAGAACUUCCGCGCUGGCUGCAAGCACCAGUGCACAUGCAUCGAUGGAGCUGUGGGCUGUGUACCUCUCUGCCCCAGCGACUUGCCCCUGGCCUCCCCUUCCUGCCCCGCCCCUCGCCUUGUCAAGGUGCCCGGUCAGUGCUGCCUGAGCGUAGACUGUCACAAAGGAUCGUCUGUGCUUCCUCCGGUCUUCAGACGCCCCCAACCUCCCACCUACAUCUUCCCUAACCUGUACCCUAUUCACAAGCCAUACCCGAAGCCAUACCCUUACAAACCGAAAGAUACUUUGAGCAAUGAGCUGAUGGACACUGGGAAGAAGUGGGACAAGCCCAGAAGUCGGAAGCACCUGGCAGCAUGGAGGCAGAUGGGUCAGCCGUGUGUUGUCCAGACCACAAGUUGGACUCCAUGCUCACGGAGCUGUGGAAUGGGGAUAUCAUCCCGUGUAUCCAAUGACAACGCUCAGUGUAAACUCAUAAAGGAAACUCGUCUGUGUAACAUUCGACCGUGCAGCUCCAUGUCUGUAAAAAUAAAGAAAGGGAGGAAGUGCUCUCGUACCCAGAAGUCGCCGGAGCCGGUGCGCCUCCACUACGCCGGCUGUCGGAGCGCCCGCCUUUACCGGCCAAACUACUGCGGGGUGUGCUUGGACGGACGUUGCUGCUCCCCUCGUCGGACCCGCACCUCCACCGUUCUUUUCGCCUGUCCGGAUGGCGAACGCUUCGAGAAGUCGGUCAUGUUCGUCCAGUCCUGCAAAUGCAACGACGAGUGCGGCCACCUGAACGAAGCCGCCCUGCCCCCUCAACACUGGCUCUACGGGGACACGCACAAGUUCAUCGACUAG